AUGAAGGCUGUCGGCUCGUUGGUCAUGACGGCGCUUGCGGCAACGCACGCGGCGGACCACUUGACGGUCGGUGACGCCAAGUGGACGUCGCCGACGUCCAUGGACAAGUACGUCAAGCUGCUGCACAAGGACACGGACGCGUUCGUCGCUGACGUGGCGUCGUGGGCCUCGCGCAUCGCGGGCGCCAAGCUCGAGACGGACGCGUCCUUUGCAGUCCGCACGGACGGCCGCGAGUGGAGCGAGUCGUGCGGCGACCUCUCGGCGCACAAGGCGUUCCACGUGCUCGAGAGCUUUGUCGAUGCGCCGGCGUCGGCGGCGUCGAGCCUCACGCAGGCGACGCCGCUCGAGUGGCGCCCCGAAGACGACUGCGUUGCGCAGCGCGAUUUCGAGUCGCUGGACGGCGGGUCCCAUGCCGAAUUCAGCGUCCACUGCGGCAAGGAACGCCUCGUGCACGCGAUUGGCGGCGGCAGCGGCUUCUACGCGCCCCGCGGUCGUCACGGCGACAAGUACGUGGGCGGUGCCAAGGCCGCGGUCGUCGUCGGCGAUGACAUUGAGCUUUCGGGUGUGCUGUAUGCCGGGAAGCGCUUCAAGGGCAAGAUGGAGACCUUCCACGUGCCCAAGCACGCGGACCGGGUUGUUGACGACCUCCACAAGGCCAUUCGCCGCUGCGCGCGGGACGGCGACCUCGUCGUCUCGGGUGUUGUCGGCGGCGGCUGGACGCAGCGCUACACCAACAAGAAGGGCAAGCACGUCAAGAGCGUCGUGGGCUACGCCAACUCGUUCUCGCUCACGCCCAAGUCGGACAAGAAGCACAAGAAGCACAAGGACGACGAUGACGACGAUGACGAUGAUGACAAGAAGGAGAAGAAGUCCAAGGGCAAGAAGCACAAGGACGACGAUGACGACGAUGACGAUGACGAUGACGAUGACGAGAAGGAGAAGAAGUCCAAGGGCAAGAAGCACAAGGACGACGAUGACGAUGAUGACGAUGACGAUGAUGACAAGAAGGAGAAGAAGGAAAAGAAGUCGAAGGACGACGAUGACGAUGACGAUGACAAGGAGGAGAAGAAGCCCAAGGGUAAGGGCAAGGACGAGGAAGAAGAGUCCAAGCACUCGAAGGAAGGCAAGGACAAGUCCAAGCCCAAGGGUAAGGGCAAGGAAGAAGAAGAGGAAGAAGAGAAGCCCAAGGAAGGCAAGGGCAAGGGCAAGGAGGUCAAGCCCAAGUCCAAGGGUGAGGAAGAGGAAGAGAAGCCCAAGCACCCCAAGGAAGGCAAGACCAAGGGCAAGGGCGAGGAAGAAGAGAAGCCCAAGGAAAGCAAGACCAAGGGCAAGGAAGAGGAAGAAGAAGAGGAGAAGCCCAAGGGCGAUAAGUCCAAGGGCAAGGAGGUCAAGUCCAAGGGCAAAGAAGAAGAAAAGCCCAAGGAAGGCAAAGAAGCUGCCGAGCCCAAGUCCACGAAGGAAGCCAAGCCGACAAAGGAAGCCAAGCCGACAAAAGAAGCCAAGCCCAUGGAAGCGGUCGAGACCACCAAUGCUCCUCAUGUCGCGUCCAAGGGCCUGAGCGUCGACAAGUCGGCGCUCGUGGCGGCCAACGCGACCGCCACUCCUUCCAACGCGACGCACAUCGUGCUUGUGACGAACGCGACGGCUGUUGUCAACGCGACGGCUGCCAUCAACACGACGGCUGCCAUCAACGCGACGACGUUUACGAACGCGUCGGCGGAUGGCUUUGCCGCCAUCACGGCGUCGCUCUCGGACCUCUCGGCGCACAUCUCGCUGGCCUACUACGAGGCGGGUCUCGAGUGCGCGACGCGCGAGUCCGACUCGGUGUGCCAAUCGGCGCGCGUCGCUGCCAAGCUGAACACCAAGCUCGUGAGUCUCAACGCGUACGAGACGCUCGACAUGUCGGCGGUCUAUGGCAACCGCCUCACGACGUCGUGGGGUCCGUCGUCCUUGGAUGCGAUGGCCGUCGCCGCCGUCGGUGCUGUCUGCGUCACGGCCUUUGUGGCCCUGCGCACGCAGCAGCGCCGCGCCGGCUACGUGGGCAUCCCGCAGCAAGACGCUGCCGCCGCGCCGACGUCGACGUGGCCGAGCUACGUCUAA